AUGCCCCCCUCACCAUCACCUAGGAGAUCUCUGAAAGAAAUCUCCCACACAAGGGGGCAUAGUUUUGUGAGUAUUCUACCUGCUAAAUUGAAGGAUGAUGAACUCACGUUGUUCAAGGAUAUGCAGAAACAUGAGAGGGAUAACUUCUUAAUGGAACCAGCAGAGGAUUUUGAUGAAUCCAUCUCAAAGUUGAGCUAUUUUCGGGAUUUAAAGCUUGGUGUCAACAUUGCUGCACGGGGAGAAAACCGUGAUUUGCUUAAUGCUGAUGGUGAAAGAAAUGAUUACGAUUGGUUGUUGACUCCACCAGAGACCCCACUUUUUCGUUCAUUGGAUGAUGAAGAAGACCAGCGCAUUGGUAUGGCUCAUAGGGGCAGGCCGCAGAUUAAGCCAAUAUCAAUUUCGAGGUCAUCCACAAUGGAAAAUACUCGAAGGUCUAACAGAAGCAGUGCAAGCCCAAGUAGGCUUAGCCCAUCACCACGCUCAUGUAGCAGCACUGUGUUGACAAGGACUCGAUCAUCAAAUUCUUCUUCACGAAGCAGCCCUGCCCUUCAUUUGCAACCAGCAGCACCAUCACGAAGGUCUUCAACUCCUCCAGCUUCUAAGACAUCAACCCCUCCACAAAGGUCACCAAGUCCUGCUUCAAGGAGGUUGAGUACUGGCUCAAGUGACCCAAUUUUAAACAGAAAAGGAGGAACUUCGCCUAUUAAAACCAGUAACAGGCCAUCUUCGCCAAAACUUCAAGGUUGGCAAUCAAGUGACCCUGGUUUCUCUUUUGACGCACCUCCGAAUCUACGCACAUCUCUGUCAGAUCGUCCAGUAUCCCGUUCAAGGGGUGGAUCUCCUUCAUCUUUCAGUGGAUUGGACAUGAAUUGGAGAGGUAGAAGGCAAUCUAUGUCUCCCACUCCAUCAAGAAGAGCCAGUUCAUCGCAUAGCAAUGAUCGAUUCAGCUCGUACAGCAAAGCAUCUGCAACAUCUUCUGCUGAAGAUGAUCUAGAGUCUAUGCAGUCUGUGCCAAUUAGUUACUCCAGUAGUCCAGCCCUAAGAAAGAACUUGUCAGUAAUGAAAUCCAGAACUAUUGCAUCACCUAAGAAGCCGUCCAAGACUGCUCCAAAGAGGUCCUUUGAUUCUGCAGUCUGGUUGAUGGAUCGUCGCAAAGCUCCUCAAGAUAAGUUCAGGCCACUUCUAUCAAGUGUUCCUUGCACGACAUUUGGUGUUGGCAAAGGAGAUAAUGUACACUCAUCUAUGUUGUCACAUAAUUCCUCACUCACAACAAGCAGUAAUUUAAGCUCUGACCAUGGUGUCACUUUUAGCCCUUGUAUGGGUAAUGAACAAGAACCGAGUGAUAUAGUCGGUGACUGUGAAGCAACACCUAGUUCCUUGAUUCAUGAUGAUAUAUUUAUGUUUGAUCAAUUGGAUGAAGGAUUCAGUGGUCAUCAGCACAGUUUGUCUGCUACUCAAAGUGGCCCAAAAUCUCCAACCACAGAAAAAUAUGCGGAAAGUAACAUAGAGGGCCUCAAUAUGGAAAGAAGUAGAAUAGCUCAGACUUCAUGUAAUGUCGCAAGUGGUUCUAAGGCUGGGCAAACUAAAAUGGCAACAUGCACUAGGUGUGGAAAGUUAUUUAAUGCGAUAGAAGAUGAUGGAGAAGUUGAUUUCUGUGAAGAAUGUGGUUUAGUAGAUGAGGUUCUUUUUGUGGACCCCAAGAUAGAGACUUCGGAAGAAGAACAUCGAAAAGACUACAGAAGUUCUAAACCUUGUGUUGCAUUGGAAGCUCCUCUCAUUACUCCAGAUCAUGUUGAACAUAUCAAGAAGUCAUCUCUUGACAGUCAGCUGGUGAAUGAUGAACCUCCAGCUGAUUGUCUGCAAAAGUGUCCUCAAUCCCAGUCAACAAUGGAUACAACCAACAGAAUGCAUGGAGAGAAUGUUACUGAAAAUUUAUGGCCAAAUGAUGUUGGCAACUCUUCCCGAGGAAAUAGCCUCGAUAUUUCAUCCCAUCAAUGUAGCAUAAAUAAUCAUCAACAAACGGAACCAGCAUCUGUAGUUGAGUGUGAUAAUUUAAGAGAUCAAACUGCCAACCACCACAAUGAGGUGUUCCAAUGCCUGCCAGGGUCAGUGUAUCAAAGCAUUGAAUUUGCCUCUGAUACACUUACCAUUGACAGUUCUUGUAAACAGGGAUCGGCUGGGCAUUCAAAUCUAAAGGUUGAAAAUACAGAGGGUGCUGGGAUUUCAGUACUUUUGCUGCAGAAGUCAAGCAGCAACAAAUGGCCUGUUAUAGAAGGGAGACCCUUAGCUGGUACAAACAUUAUCUGUUCGGAACCCUAUUAUACAAGGGAUGGUGUCAGUACGCUGAAGCGUACCUUUGGAUUGGAUAGCUCAUCAGCUUCUUCUUCCAUUGAUCAAGGGUCUACAAGGCAAUCUGGACAUUUGGAACGCCUUAAAAGUAGUAAUCGUCAUGACUUUGAGAAGUCUCAAAUAAGUAGUACCAUGAGUUGUAAAAGCAUUGCAUCCAUGUCAGAUAUAUCAACUAGCACUUGUUCAGUUUCAGUUUGUCCUCGGGGUGAUACAAUUGUAGAUACUGGCUUCCUAACUGACAAUUCAGAAAGCAGUGUUCCAAGAACCAUGAUUUGUACUGAAGAACUUAAUGAGUCGUGUAAGUACACACUCUCAAGCGCUAUAGAGUGCUGGUCUGCCGCACAGGCUAUUGUUAAUGUUGACAUUGGUUCAACUGAAGAUGUAGUGAUUCAGAAACAAUGUACAGGUAGGAUGGCUCACAAAGAUAACAUAAGUGAUCACUCAUGUUCAUCAGAUACCGAAACAUGUAGCAAUAUCCCACUCUCUCUGGCUCCUGAGGAAAGUUGCAUACAGAAAAUUGAAGAAGGUACCUCAGUUGGCACUCCAGAACACCCAGAUGAUGAUUGUGGCAUCAAUAGUUACCGAAUGCAGCAUGAAACAAUUCCUGAUCCUGAUGAGGCAAAUAGGUUGGAUGAUGGUUGUGUGUCUGUCAUCUCUGAGGAGUAUGUGUUGAUUCCUGCAGCAGAGGCCAACAUAAUGGGGCUUCCUGGUAAUGAAUCACUGGCUACAGUUGAGGGAUCAAGAGAACAAACUCAGAGAUGCUUCACAUUAGAAGAGGCUACCGAUACAAUUCUCUUCUGCAGUUCCAUUGCACAUGACAUUGCAUACAGGGCUGCGACAAUUGGACUGGAGCAUGAGCAGCAAUCAGAACUUGCUUCUGCUCUUCGCCCAACAGUUACCAUGGAACAAUCGAACAUUGUUUCAAGUCCAAUUCUGUUGAUAGACUUCGACCCUAGUUGUUCAUAUCAAUUGGCCUUCCAUCUUGACGAUGGCUGUCAUGUUGGAGUCCUGAAUGUUAACGACCUCAAUGUGACUCACCUUCAGUGCUCUCCUCCUGCUUGGUUGGAGAGCACAGACUUGGUGCUGCAAAACCAGUUAAGAAAGCCAACCUGGCUGCCAAUGUCUUCGAUUUAUGCAGUUGGGUCUUCAUCAUAUGAUGGUAUUUAUCUACUGGACUUUCAUCCAGAUACGAGCUCUGCAUGCCACGUGGACUACAAAGAGGAAACAAGAGUCUCCGAGGAAAAUCAACCUGCAGAAAACAAGUUUGUUCCUUUAUCCCAAAGGGUGCUUUCUAAUGCAGCCCAUCCAAUCAGUCACACCAUAAUUGCCGAUACACAGGUUGAGAAGUUGUCAAGAGUAGUAGUGUUAGGUGCUUGGAAGUUGUUGUGGAGAAGGGGUUGCCCAAUUGUGGUGGCUGUGGAUGAUAAUGUGGAUAUGGAGCCCAUAGAGAACCUUACCCAAGACGAAGAAUUACAGGCGGUUGUCAUUAGAAAAGUUGAUAGCUCAUGUGAGCCCGGUGCCUUGAAUGAUGGUUUCGAUGAAGAAACAUUUGAUGAGGACGAUGGCAACAGAGAUGGAACACAUGAUAUGGAUGACAUAUCCCAAGGAUCGGAGGAUGACGAAGUUGAUGUUGCCUCCGCGGACAAAGAUGACUUGACUUUGGGGCCAAAUACUUCGGAUGAUGUGUUGGAGGACGAGUAUAGGUCCAAGCCUAGUAGCGAAGACGAAAGUGAUUGUUGUGUGGGAGGGUUUGCGGACGCAAUAGGAGUCCCAGCUGAUGGGUCAUUGUGA